AGUAAGCUCUCGGAUAUACGGAAUAUUUCGCUGACGGACCGGUCCUACGGGGUAACUUGUCCGCAAGCACUCCUGCAGGUCAAAUAGAUAUUUCUUGUUAAUUCCUUCAAUACCAGCACAGUUGCAUUUUUAUUGUGUGUACGGCAGCAUUAUGUUGUGUUGCUAGUAAAUAUGUUAGUACGUAUUCUCAGUGAGACUGUCUGGAUAUAAAAUGAUAACUGCAUGCAUGUGACCCUCAGUCUGUCACAGGUGUCAGUGAAUUAUAAUAGAAAAGUACAUUACAUUUCAUGUCUGAUUUUAACAUUUGCUUCUCUUAUUUGUUGGCAAAAUGAAUGUGUUGCGUGUGUUUGUAAAACUGACUUAUGGGUGUAGAAGGAGUAGAGCAUUGUAAACAAACAGCAGGUAAUACAACCGAGUGAAGCAAAAUGUAAUAAUGGAAGUAUGUAGCCUAAUAAUAAAUAAAGGUAACUGCGAUCACUGAGCCACUUUUUUUUUUUAGCUAUUUGUGCUCAAGUAUUUUCCUUUCAUGGCACUUCUUUUCCACUGUAAUUCAGGGGUAAAUAUUGUAUUGUAUCUGACGGCUUUAGUUACUAGUUACUUAACAGAUUUAUGCACAGAAAACAUACAAAAUUCGACUACAAGAGCACAUUUUUUUGAUAAUUGUUUAAGUUGUGUUUAAAUGUGAAGAUUUGCUGUUUUAAGUAUUUAUAAAAUAAUAAUUUUGAGGUUUGUACUGUUAGUUGAAAAAAUCAAACAUUGAUAAGGUGUCACUUUGGGUUUUGGGUAAUUGUGAGUUUUACAAACAAUCAAUCCAUCAAUAAAUGGAGAAUAUAAUCAACAGAUUAAUCCAUAAUGAAAAUAAUAGUUAGUUUCAGUCUGAAACAAAAUAGUUAAACAUGAGCUCCAUCUCAACCAACCAAAAUGUAUGCAUGAGUAAUAAUAAUCUAAUGAUAUAUUAAUAUAACUCACAGGAGACAUUUUUCUCCAUUGGGUAAUUAUAAUUGUAAUACUUCGACUACAUUUUCCUGGUUAUAGUUAUACUCUUACUCAAGUAAAAUCUUCAAUCCAGGACUUUUACUUGUAACAGUAUUUUUACAGUGCAGUAUUAGUACUUUUAUUUAAGUAAAUUAUCUGAAUACUUCCAGCACCACUGAUAGUGAGAUCCUCUCUGCCCCAGAAUAUAUUAUUUCAUCCAAAUAAAUAUUUUUUGAACCCUUAACUUGUGAGUUUCAGAACAUUUUCUUAAAUUAGAUUAAUUCGGACCCUACACUACACAUUUCAUGCUGAAAUGGAUGAUGAUGCGCCGGAUGAGUUGUUUGCUGAGCUGAAGACCAGGCAUAUCGGAGGAUGGGGUGUUGUUCAGAUAGCUGCUGGCACUGGGCUUGCUGUAUAUGCUAUGUGGGUGGUAAUCCUACAGCCAGGCUUCCGAAAAGUCCCCUUGAGGCUACAGGUCCCGUACGUUCCUGCAAGCAAAGCUCAAGUAAAUCAUGUAAUGACAUUGCUGAGAGGUCGAAAGGGAGGCCUUGUGGAUUUGGGAUCUGGUGAUGGUCGUAUUGUCUUGGAAGCCCAUCAGCAGGGUUUCAUUCCCGCUGUUGGUUAUGAGCUCAAUCCCUGGCUUGUUCGCCUGGCCCGCUUCCAUGCAUGGAGAGCAGACCAUCAUGAAAAAGUGUCAUACCGACGGGAAGAUCUCUGGAAGGUCGACUUGACAGAAUGCAAGAAUAUCACAGUGUUUUUGGCUCCUAGCGUGCUUUCAUUAUUGCAGCAGAAGUUGCAGGCUGAGCUUCCUGAUGAUGCCUUAGUAGUAGCUGGUCGUUUUCCCUUCCCUGACUGGACACCCUGCCGAGUUGAGGGACAUGGUGUGGACAGAGCCUGGGCAUAUAACAUGCAAGCACAAAGACAGAACACCCCCGUCACGGAUAGCAAGCUCAACAAUGAACUAACUCAGGAGAAAGGAUCCACUUGAAGCUCCAUGAAUGUUCCUUGUCUUUUGCCCUCUAGAAUGGCAACAAUAAAUUAUACUGUAUAUCUGGGGCAAGUUUAUAAAUGUUGUUUCAACCUUUUCUUCUGCAGUGUUCAGUUUAUGCCACAGAACUGAAGAUUAUUUAAAGUUUUAAGUGUUUAUUGAUUAUUAGUCAUUGUUAUUGCUUAAUAUUCUCUUAUACAGGCCUACAUAUAAUUAGACAACUUCAGAGGACAUUUUGGAUUCCAUGGUGCAGCUAGUUCUCUACAGGUAGGAACACUACAUUUAAAUGCUUUGUGGGUAAUGGUCAUAAGCACUUAGUGCUUGUCUGUCUGUCGGAAAGUGUGGAAUGUGGCUUUUCAGGCCUGUCGAAGGUGUCUAAUGUGUGUUUCCCUUAUAUAUACAGUCGAUGGGUUUUCCCCAAUCUCACAAACAGAUUGUGACACUUGUAUAAACCCCAUGGGGUCCAUAGUGUAUAAAGGACACAUACAGUAACAAGAGUGUCCCCAUGUAUAGUACAUCCAUUGACCAUCUGUAUACAUAUUAUGUAUGUGUAUGAGGGUUUGUUUUUGGAUGUUGCUUUUUCUGUUGAAUUUUUUGUUUUUACCUUGCUGUGAUAGUUUUUGCUAUAAAAGUAAUUGCUCUAAUAAUCUAUGUAUGGAUAUAAAUUGCCCUUUCUUGUGCACCAUGUGCUGGACAUUUAAUGUGUCCCCUUAUUCAGGUAGUGUGUGUGUGUGUGUGUGUGUGUGUGUGUGUGUGUGUGUGUGUGUGUGUGUUGUAUUUGGGUGAAAUUCCUCUGUGUCUGACAUUCAAUAUUGGUUUUCAGUGACAUUGUUGUAAGCAGCCACAUGUUUUGUUCAUAUUAAAUAAUUCAAAUGAAAUGCUGCAUAACAUGAUCAGGUCCUUCUAGGACUCAACUCACAGAAUUAAUCUGUUUGAGAAUAUAUGAGAAAAGGUGCAGUGUGGAGUGGAGAGAAAUCUAAAUAUCUCUAAA